AUGGCUUCGAUAAAUGUCCGUGAUCAAAAAAUCGAACAGCAACGGCAAUUCAUGGAACAGAAAAUGAAACAAAAGAGGCAGAAUUCUGGUAUGGUUCAAGCGAAUGAUCUUAGGGUAGGUUCUGCUAAGCGGCCGAUUUCUGGAAGCAGAACACGGGAACUGCAUGGCUAUGAUGGUCCAAUGCAAUUUCUAAUGUCGCCAGUGAAUCCAGAUCAAGUAAUACCCCUCCAGACUAAUAGAAUGUCUACUUACGAUGAAUUAGGUAAUCAGAUCGAAGUUCUAACAGUGGGUGAUGAUAUUGGCGAAGGUAGUGGUGAAGAGGAUUGUGAGAGUGUUCCAGUUUGUAGUAUGGGAAGGGAUGUUAGUACUGAUGAUGUGUGCGCUGAUGCUGCGGUGGCACCACUACAAGGACGGCCAAAACGAGAUACAUCUCCCAGUCAGACUGCUGAGAUUGAAGGAUCAGUUGAAGGUUCCGUGGAAUCGUUCGUGAUAACUCCAGCGAAACAUGGGACGUUAUACAAAUGUAGAAUAGCAAGAGACAGGAAGGGAAUGGAUAGAGGCUUGUACCCGACGUACUUCUUACACCUAGAAAAGGAUUAUGGGAAGAAAGUAUUUCUUCUAGCUGGUCGAAAGCGAAAGAAGUCAGCUACAUCGAACUACCUCAUAUCAACCGAUCCCACUGAAUUAACACGUCAAGCUGACAGCUUCGCGGGGAAAUUGCGUUCCAAUUUACUCGGUACGGCUUUCACUGUUUACGAUAAUGGAAAAGCUUGGAGGAAAAACCAUAGGGACCCGCCCAGACAUGAAUUAGCUGCUGUUAUUUAUGAUACCAACGUGUUGGGUUUCAAAGGACCUCGCAAAAUGACAGUCAUCCUUCCUGGAAUGACUCAAGACCGACAAAGAGUUACUAUAGCGCCGCAAGACGAUAGCGAAACGCUGUUAGAAAGAUGGAAAAGUCAGAAUUUCGAUGACAUAGUGGUCCUUCAUAAUAAAACUCCAGUUUGGAACGACGAAACACAAUCGUACGUACUAAAUUUCCACGGCAGGGUUACACAGGCGAGUGUUAAAAACUUUCAGAUAGUACACGAUUCGGAACCCGAUUAUGUUGUGAUGCAAUUCGGUAGAAUAUCUGAGGAUGUAUUCACUAUGGACUUCAGAUAUCCCCUCUGUGCAUUACAAGCCUUCGGUAUAGCACUCAGUUCGUUCGAUAGCAAAUUGGCUUGCGAGUGA